GUGGUGCAGGAUAUUUGGGAGUCGCCUCGGCACUCCUGUCUAAGCGUCAGAAGUGUAAUACCUCAAUAUGGAUGAUUUAAUAACGCGCUGUUGGAUAUUAUUACUGGUGGCCACACUCCCUUCCGUUAAUAUUUAUGCUGCCAACAUCUGCACUUCUAGCGGAGUAAAUACCUGCAGAGGAUGCCUCUCCAUUCACCCAUCCUGCGCGUGGUGCAGUCAAGAGGACUUUGACAAGGGGGGCUCAGGCGUGUCGCGCUGUGACCUGAAGGAGAGCCUGGUGGCUGGCGGCUGUGCGGCCGAUGCUCUGGAGUUCCCCACCAGCAGCAUGAGCAUCCAGGAGGACAAACCCCUCAGCGACCGGGCGGCAGGGGCCAGCAAAGAUGUCACCCAGAUCCGGCCCCAGAAGCUGCACCUCACACUGCGCCCUGGUGAUGCCAAGCGUUUCACCGUGUCCGUCCGGCAGGUGGCCGACUACCCAGUGGACCUCUACUAUCUGAUGGACCUGUCCUACUCCAUGAGGGACGAUCUGAACCAGCUGCGCACCCUCGGCAACGAGCUGGCGGCCGCCAUGGGCGAGAAGACCAGCAACCUGCGCAUGGGCUUCGGGGCGUUCGUGGACAAGCCUCUCUCCCCCUACAUGUACAUGUUCCCGGAGGAGGCCAUCGAAAACCCCUGCCACGGGAUUGACCGGACAUGUCUGCGCCAGUUCGGCUACAAGCAUGUGCUGACGCUGACGGAGGAGGUGGGGCGCUUCACAGAGGAGGUCGAUAAGCAGCAGGUGUCUCGCAACAGGGACUCACCUGAGGGCGGCUUUGACGCCAUUAUGCAAGCUGUGGUCUGCAAGGACAAAAUAGGCUGGAGGCCAGAUGCUUCGCACCUCUUGCUCUUCACCACAGAUGCUAAGACGCACAUCGCGCUGGACGGGCGCAUCGCUGGGGUGAUCCAGCCCAAUGACGGCCACUGUCACCUGGACGAGCAGAACAACUACUCCAUGUCCACUACACUGGAUUAUCCCUCCCUGGCCCUCAUGACGGAGAAGCUAUCUGAGAACAACAUCAACCUCAUCUUUGCAGUCACCAGCUAUGUGGAACCGCUUUACAAAAACUACAGUGAACUCAUUCCUGGCACAACUGUUGGGACGCUUUCGAGGGACUCUUCUAACAUCAUCCAACUCAUCAAGGAUGCCUAUGCAAACAUCCGCUCUAAGGUGGAGCUGGAGCUGCUGGGUCUUCCAGAGGAGGUGUCCCUUUUCUUCAACGCCACCUGCCUGAACGGAGAGGUCUUCCCUGGGGUCAAAUCCUGCUCCGGACUAAGCAUCGGAGAUACAGUGUCGUUCAGCCUGGAGGCGCGCCUGCACAAAUGCCCCGAGAAGAAGGAGAGCCGCGUCUUCCGGGUGAAGCCGGUGGGCUUCAAGGACGCGCUGGACAUCACCCUCGACUUCGCCUGCGACUGCGAGUGCGAGGCCUCGGCGCAGCCCGACAGCCCGCUCUGCCACCACGGCAACGGCACCUUCUCGUGCGGCAUGUGCCAGUGCGACGCGGGCCGACUGGGCCCGCGCUGCGAGUGCUCGGAGGCCGAGUACAAGUCCACGCAGAAGGACACCUGCAGCCCCGGCCCGGGCAUGCCCACCUGCAGCGGGAGGGGCGACUGCGUCUGCGGCCAGUGCAGCUGCAGGCCCAGUGACUUCGGCAAGGUGUGGGGCCAGCACUGCGAAUGCGACGACUUCAGCUGCGUGCGCUUCAAAGGGGAGAUGUGCUCAGGUCAUGGAGAGUGCUUGUGCGGCACGUGCAAGUGUGACCCCGGCUGGUCGGGGGAGAACUGCAACUGCUCCACCAGUACGGACACCUGCAUGUCCAGCUCGGGCAGCCUCUGUAGCGCCCGGGGCCGCUGCACCUGUGGCGCCUGCGAAUGCACCGAUACAGGGGCCUACGGGGCCACCUGCGAGAAAUGCCCCACCUGCCCUGACAUCUGCAUCAGCAAAAAGGAAUGUGUGGAAUGUAAUCACUAUAAAAGAGGGCCCCUGUUUGAGGACAACAUCUGCCGUCGCGUCUGCAGUGAUCGCAUCAAGUUAGUCGACGAAAUCAUCCACCGCGAGUCCAAUGCCCUGAAUUGCACCUAUAAGGACGAGAACGAUUGCCUUCAAUAUAUCCAGUACUAUGAAGACCCCAGUGGCAUAUCCAUAUUGUUCGUGAAUAAAGAGCCAGCGUGUCCUGCGGGCCCUGACAUCCUGGUGGUGCUGGCCUCAGUCAUGGGGGCCAUCCUGCUGCUGGGGCUGGCUGGCCUGCUCAUAUGGAAGCUGCUGGUCACCAUUCACGACCGGAAAGAGUUCGCCAAGUUUGAGGAGGAGAGAGCCAAAGCCAAAUGGGACACGGCAAAUAACCCCUUAUACAAAGGAGCAACCAGCACAUUUACCAAUGUGACAUACAGGGGGAACUCGUAAUAAAGAAUAUCUGGUAAUACUUUAUUUAACGUGGCCCAUAUAAGGGUGGCAUGUAACCGUCAUAAAAAUGACACAUGUUAGGAAGAUUCAUGAUUACAUUAUUGAUGACUGUCGCCAUAAUGUUAUGUAUAUAAUGCUUUCGCCUUAUGGAAUGUCAUGACACGCAAUUUCACCUUCACACUCCAAAAAAUGAGUGACACAUUGACAAAUGAAUAAUGUGUCAUUAAUGUUCCUGAUGUGUCAUGUCAUUCUUCAGACGGUUAUAUGACACCCCUAUGUAGAUCACGUCAAAUAAAGUGUUGCCUAUUCAUCAUUUACCAACGUGACAUACAGAGGGAACUCGUAAUAAACAAUAUCCAUCAUCAUGUCAGAUCCAAAGUAUUAUCAGGAACCUGCAGUUGAUUCUGACUGUGGCAGGAGAUCAUGGACCAACGCGUGAAAUAAUGUCUUCAAAUCCACUGAACGAACAUUUGACUUUUGACACAAUGAUGGACAUGCUCAAGGGAAUUUUCUUAAAGCGUGUGUGGGAUUGUUUAGAUGUUGCUGUUUUAAUGUAAAGACAUAUGAAUUCCACUGUAAAGUGCACUAUCUGACCUGGUCACAAUUAAAAUACCAUCUCAACCCUGCAUGUCACCUUUAAUGACACCUUUCAGCUACUUAAUGAAUAUUCAUUCACCAAUUUUGACUGCUAUUAUUAUUUUGCUGAAUUUGCCUCAACAAAGCGGCAUAGGAUCUCAUGUUGAUCAAUUGCAAUGAUGACAACUUCUGGUGUUAUUUUGAGUUUGAUUGACUUGACAGUGUAAUUGCUGAUUACAAUCUUGGCCCAUUAUGAUAUGGAAAUAAUGAUGAGCGUUUCAUAGCUAAAUGGAACUUUCAUUGCCAUGGUGACAGGGGAUCAUCUUGAUUCUGGUUUAAUGCUGUCUUGUUUCCAUGGAUACUGGAGCUGUAUUUUUAGUUCACUUCCGGAAUUUGCUGCUCCAAACCAACAACCAAAGACCAAACUUAUCCACCUACGUUGUGUAUUUAGAGUUUCUUUUUCUAUACCUCGGUUUUCUUUUUUAAAAACUACUGAUAGCGUCACCAAAGGCUUUGCGCUUACUGAAUGUUUGUCUGUACACUUUUUAAAAAAAUCAUCUCUAUCGUUUUGAAUCCAUCCACUGAGAACACAACUGUCAUAAUUUGGCAUUACUUUCCUUUAAGGUGUUUUUUGGCAGAAAAGUUUUCAAUAAAGAAGUUGAAUA